UCGUAAACAAAGCGCCGAGUCUCCGAGAUUAUCUGGAAAUACUUUGAAUUUAUUUACCUUCAUAAACCUCCGUCUCUGUCCAGCCACACAUGGACUCCCAGUCGUAUUUCCCCGUUCCGCCCGGGGUUGGCAUGGAGGAGAACUUCUUCUCUUUGGACGACAUUUUGCUCUCUCAGGAGAGGCUCCCCACCCGGACGGAGUGCGCCUUCCCCCGGCUCGGAUUCUUGGAGAAGUCGGCCGACUCGCAAGACAUCCCGGAGGGGACGAAGAUGGAGCUCCCGCUGUGGCUGUCCAAAGGCCUGUAUGAGAAGAAGAGGAGGGUACUCUCAGUGGAGCUGCCCAAGGUCUACAGAGAAGGAUGGAGGACAGUGUUCAACGCAGACCCCACCGUGGUGGACCUGCACAAGAUGGGGCCCUAUUACUACGGCCUGGGGUCCCAGAUGCUGCACUUCGACAACCCAGAGAACCCGGAGAUCGCCCAGACACUGCUGCAGACGUUCAUCGGCCGCUUCAGGCGGACCAUGGACUCGUCUCAGAACGCCUACAACGAGGACACGUCGGCACUGGUGGAGCGCCUGGACUGCCUGGAGAAGGAGCUGUUCAAGUCCGGGCAGAGCGGCCUGAACGGCUUCCAGAGCUGGGAGAAGGGCCGCACGUCGCAGCUCACCGCCUCCACCCUGGUGCUCAACUACCGCAAGAGGAAGAUCGCCGACGUGCAGCCCUGAACCGGGGCCAGUGGUUUGAACCUUUGGACCAAAAGCCUGGAAACUGAAUCUUUGAACCUGAGCCUUCAAUUUGAGCCCAGAGUUGCGGUCUGAACCCAGGCCUGUGGUUCGAGCCCGGUCAGUGCGGCACAAACAGGCUCCUCGACCUGCAGGCCCGAGCCGUGCUGUCACCACAAACUUAUUUAUUCCCCCACCGUUGCCAUCACACCCACAAAUACUGGAUUAAAGACGCAUCGGAUUAUAUCAGACGUUCAACUCUGUUUA